CGCGUUUGAUUGGCUGAUAUUUAUCUAACUUUUAUUACAUAAGCGUUCCACUUUUCCACAAGGCUCUGGAACUCUUAUUCAGCCUCGAGGCUAUCCCAUCGCCAUCCCAAGAACAAACACAAGGGGAACAUCUCCCCAAUCCACCAGAACCCUCAACCACGCACCAUGGAAGCACCAACCUCACCUCCCAAAGCUGCAGAAGAAGCACCCGCCCCAGUAGCCCUCUUCAAAAAGCGCACCAACAAGAACAAAUCCAACAUCCGCAAGCGACCCGCCACUCCCCCUCCAGCCGGCUCCGAUUCCGACGACUACUCCUCCUCAGAAGAUGAAGCAGGCCACAAGAUAAAGCGCCGCAAGCGCAAUACCGGCACAAUAACCGCAUCUUCCAAACCCACCGCCUCCUCCACCGCCGAAAUCACACCCGCCGCCCACGCCGCUUCCCGCGCAGGCAUCACCAGCGCCAACGACGCCACCAAGACGACCGAGUGGUUCGAUGAGCGCCCGCCCUCUCUCUCUAGCAAGCAGCUCCUAGGCAGCACGCGCGCCCUUCCCGAAGCUCCAGAUGGAACAUACAAAGGCCUCGCGGCACAGAAACAGACGACGUUCAUCCAGCGCAAUCCCGACGCGCCGAAUCGCAACAUCGGGCCCAUCAAAGCCCCGACCAACAUCCGCACCAUCACCGUGACGGACUUUGCGCCGGAUGUGUGUAAGGACUACAAGACGACGGGGUUCUGUGGGUUCGGGGAUAACUGCAAGUACCUGCAUGCGCGCGAGGAUUAUAAGGCGGGGUGGCAGCUGGAUAAGGAGUGGGAGACUGUGACGAAGGGGAAGAAGAAUAUUGGCGGGACGACGGUGGCGAGGGCGGGACGGGGGGCGGCAGAGGAAGAGGAGGAAGCUGAUGAGGAUGCGGAGUUGGAGGGCGUGCCGUUUGCGUGUAUUAUUUGUCGCGAGGGGUAUAAGCAUCCGGUUGUGACGCGGUGCGGGCACUACUUCUGCGAGGCGUGUGCGCUGGGGAGGUAUAGGAAGGAUCCGAGUUGUGCGGCGUGUGGGUCGGGGACGGGAGGGGUGUUUAAUGUGGCGAAGGGGCUGAAGAAGUUGUUGGAUCGGAAGAGGGAGGCUGCUGCGAAGAGGAGGGAGAGGGCGAUUGAGGCUGGGGAGGAGGUUAGUGAGGAUGAGGAGGAGGGGAUGGAAGGAUGAAAGGUGGGGGAAUGCAAUGCUAUAAUUUUAAAAGAUAGAGACUGGGGAGGCCAGUAGGGAUAGAGGCUGUGGAGGAUGUCGCUCGGGAUAGUGCCUGGGGAGGAGGUCAUUAUUGAUAGAGGCUGGGGGAGAAGCUUAGUGAUAAUAGACGCUAGGAAGGGGGUCAAUAGGGAUAGAGGCUCAAAAAGAGGUCUGUGAAUAUGAUGAGGAAUGCGUAUCUAUCAUGUAUUUACUUAAUUUCAACUUUUACAAAAACAAAUUAUUAAUUUUACGG